AUGUGGAGAUCAACCCUUACGGGACUAUUACUAAUAACUUUAACAAGGGCUUACAAGAACCCAUACUAUGCUCCGGGAAGAUCAGUAAACGUGCAUCUUUUCGAAUGGAAGUGGAACGACAUCGCCGACGAAUGCGAAAGGUUCUUAGGACCAAAAGGAUAUGGCGGCAUCCAGAUAUCUCCUCCGAAUGAGAACGUAGUUCUGCGCACAUACAAUAGACCAUGGUGGGAACGUUACCAACCCAUUUCGUACGUGCUAGUAACGCGAUCAGGUAACGAACAGCAAUUUGCUGACAUGGUACGACGUUGCAAUGCUGCUGGUGUCAGGAUCUACGCGGACGCAGUUAUAAAUCACAUGACUGGCGAGCCUCCGGAAAACUAUGGAACAGCGGGUAACACAGCCUCGUAUAAAGACUGGUCCUACCCUGCAGUGCCCUACUCCGCGGAAGAUUUCAAUUGGCCUCAAUGUGGAAUCGAUGGCAUGGACUAUGUGAAUAAUGCAUCGAGAGUCCGAAACUGUGAGCUUGUUGGAUUAAAAGACCUAAAUCAGGGACAUGAACAUGUAAGGAAAAGAAUUGUAGACUUCAUGAAUAAAUUGAUUGACUUGGGUGUUGCUGGUUUUAGAAUCGACGCUGCGAAACACAUGUGGCCCAAUGAUUUGCAGAUCAUAUACGAUCGACUAAACAACUUAAAUAGUGCACACGGAUUCCCGCCAAACGCGCGUCCAUUCAUCUAUCAAGAAGUCAUCGAUUAUGGAGGCGAAGCCAUUAGCCGAAAUGAAUACACACCGCUAGGAGCUGUAACUGAAUUUUUAGCUGGAUCGGAACUUAGUAACGCGUUCAGAGGAAAUAAUCAGCUAAAAUGGCUGUCAAGCUGGGGUCCUCAAUGGGGACUUUUAUCACACGGCGAUGCAUUGACUUUUAUCGAAAAUCACGACAAUGAAAGAGGUCACGGUGGCGGCGGUGGAAUCCUGACAUACAAAGAACCCCGACAAUACAAAGGGGCAAUAGCGUUUCUUCUAGCUCAUCCCUACGGUGAACCUCAAGUUAUGAGCAGCUUUGAUUUCUGGGACUCAGAAAUUGGACCUCCGAUGGAUCGUGAUGAAAAUAUUAUUUCACCUUCACUUAAUUCCGAUGGUACUUGCGGCAACGGAUGGGUUUGCCAGCACCGUUGGAGACAAAUUUACGCAAUGGUAGGCUUUAGAAACGCAGCAGGAACCACUGGACUGAACGAUUGGUGGGAUAAUGGAAGUAAUCAGAUCGCUUUCUGCCGAGGAGGAAACGCAUUUAUUGCAUUUAACAAUGACAAUUGGGACUUCAACCAAAAUUUGCAGACCUGUCUUCCAGCGGGUACAUACUGCGAUGUAAUAUCAGGUGAUAAAGUGAACAACUCGUGUCGCGGCAAGACGGUGACGGUCGGCAACAAUGGCUUCGCGCAGAUCUUCAUCGGUGCUAACGAAUAUGACAUGAUGCUUGCUAUACAUGUUGGGCCUGAGAGUCGACUUUAA